UCUGACCCUCCCUGGCUUGUGCGCUCGCUUGCUCUCAAAAAAGGAAAUAAAAAUUUAAAACUUAAAAAAGUGAUUAUUGAGGGGGCAAGGUGGGCAUUGAGGGAGAAUGGGGAACUGAUGGAUGGUCAUCAGGGAUUAACGUGGUAAUGAAGGGAUUACAGGGGACUAAUGGUGUGAUGUAUGAGGGAUCAGUUGGAGGGCUGACUUAAUGGGAGCUGAUAAAUCAUAGUCACCGAGAGCUUAAUGGGGAGUUAAUAGGCCAUGAUCCUCUAUGUAUUAAUGGAGGUUGAUAAGGAUGUAGUAAUAAAGGAGUUACUGGGGACCUAAUCAUUUCGGGAUUAAUGGGGAAUGGUGUGGAGAGAGAUUAAGGGGGUGAGGAGUACAAGGAGGUAGUAUUAGGAUAACGAGGGAGAAAGCAAGGGAUUGACAGCAGGAUGAUAGGGCUGUGUGAAUCUAGGGGCCAUGAAGACAGCUGGGGAGAUGGUCAGUGAGAUGUUAAUGGUGGGUGGAGAAGGGUUCAAAGUGAGAGUUGUGGGGCUAAGUGUGCAGCAUGGGUGGCAGCAGUGGGAGGUCAACAGGGUCAGUAAUGGGUCAUCUAGAAGUGUUGGGUUUGGGGGAUCUUUGAGGGAGCAGUAGAGCCUUAGAAUUCAGUGAUGGGGUCCCUCGGGCCUUGUGAGGUCAGUGGGGUCAGUGACCAGGCUCCACUUUUCCCAUCUGCUGAGUGAGCUGUCAUGGGGCUCAUGGGGAGUUUGUGUGGUUCUCACUGCCCUGCAGAAAUAGGUGGUAGCCCACUCACCCAGUUACUGAUAUAGGGCGGCAUCAGCUUACUGUUGGCAGGUACCUGGGCAAACAGCGUGUGAGAUGGGACGGACAUCAAAGGACAAGCGGGAUGUCUACUACCGCCUGGCCAAGGAGAAUGGCUGGCGUGCCCGCAGUGCCUUCAAGCUGCUACAACUUGAUGAGGAAUUCCAACUCUUCCAAGGUCCCCACCUGGCGGGCGAGUCACCGGGGCGUGACACGGGCAGUUGACCUGUGUGCAGCCCCGGGCAGCUGGAGCCAGGUGCUGAGCCAGAAAAUUGGGGGUCAGGGCUCCGGCCAUGUGGUGGCUGUGGACCUUCAGGCGAUGGCUCCAUUACCAGGUGUGUUACAGAUCCAAGGGGACAUCACCCAGCUGUCCACUGCCAAGGAGAUCAUCCAGCACUUUGAGGGCUGCCCCGCGGACCUAGUGGUGUGCGACGGGGCUCCCGAUGUAACUGGCCUCCACGAUGUUGAUGAGUAUAUGCAGGCCCAGCUCCUCCUAGCUGCUCUGAACAUUGCUACACACGUCUUGAAGCCAGGGGGCUGCUUUGUAGCCAAGAUCUUCCGAGGCCGGGAUGUGACCCUGAUCUACAGCCAGCUGCGUGUCUUCUUCUCCAGUGUGCUGUGUGCCAAGCCCAGGAGCAGCCGCAACUCCAGCAUAGAGGCCUUCGCUGUCUGUCAGGGUUAUGACCCCCCUGCGGGCUUCCUUCCGGACCUGACAAAGCCCCUGCUGGACCACUCAUACGAUCCAGACUUCAACCAAUUAGAUGGACCCACUCGCAUCAUUGUGCCGUUUGUGACCUGUGGGGACCUGAGCUCCUAUGAUUCAGACCGCAGUUACCCACUGGACCUGGAGGACGGCUCAGAGUACAAGUACACUCCACCCACGCAGCCCCCCAUCUCACCACCGUACCAGGAGGCCUGCACGUUGAAGAAGAAAGGGCGGCUGGCCAAGGAGAUCCGCCCCCAGGACUGCCCCAUCAGCACUGUAGACGCGAUGCCCCAGCCCCUGGCUGCUCCACAGCGCCACACCCUGCUGCCCUCUGAGGUGGAAGACAAUGGAAUGAAUUGUUCGCCUUAAUACAUUCAGUUAGCUGGCAAUAUGAUAUAACUCAGAAGCUGUUUGCUGUCAGGAAAAUGAGAACUGGCAUUGAUGAACUUGUUUUCAAAAAUCUCAUCAUCGGGUCCUGAGCAUCCGAGUGGGAACCUGCAACAACCACCAUGAGCACAGCAAGGAAAGAAACAUCACGGAACGCCUGUCUGUGCUGCAGAGGGGAUUCUUGAGCCAGGUCUUGCCUCCUCUCUCAGUCUUUCCAGGGGCAUCCUGGUUAUGUCCAGAAUUCACCUCCAAAACAGGGAUUCUUAACCCGGAUAGAAAUCAGGGGUAUCUGUGAACAUAACGGAGGAAAAUAUUACAUUUUUAUUUUCACUAAUACUGAACUGAAAUUUCACUAAUAUAACUGAAAUGUAGCUUUACCCCCAAAUACAAAUGCUGGCAACAAUUCACAAUACUAAAAGCAGUGCCUGUACCUUCCCACCAAUACAAAUCAGUUCCUUUUUAAUGUUGAGGUUUUUGCAGGCAUCUUGAAAUCCUGUUCACGUUUAUCACUACUUUGAAUUAUAGAAGAUCUUAUAAUUUGAUGUUCUAAUAAAAAAGUCAAUAUAUUACUGUA